AUGCUUAUCGAAUCAUUUUUAUCAUUGAGUAUUUUAUUUUAUUGGUAUCAAAAUAUUGUUCGUGUUGAACAUUUACGAUCAGUUUCAUUACGAAUACAAAAUCACAAAGAUGAUAUAUCAUCUAUUCUAAUUAUUCAUACCGAUGAUCAACCAAAACGAUUUAUUUAUUCUGUUAAUUCAUGGUUACUAGAAACGAAUUUCAUUGAAUUAAAAGUUGAUUUACAAAAUACUAAUUUAACUAGUAUUGAAUGGAGUGUUUAUACACAAAACAACGAAUAUUUACUUUUCCCAUUUGCUAAAUUCUACAAAAAAUCAAAUUAUUCGUGA